CUUCACCACUUCCUUCACGCACAGACGCACGGGGGCUUCACCACUUCCUUCACGCACAGACGCACGGGGGCACCUCUGUUCACCCAUUGUUGAAUUGCUCCCUCCACCAAACCACCAAGCAGAAGCAGGUAGUUUAUGUGGCUCUUGUCGGAUCAUUUCCAUUUAACUCCUUACUUUCAACGCUACUUUCUUGCGUAGUUCACGUGUGGAUUUGCGGUUCUAAAGUUUGCCCAGGCUUCACAAAAAUCCUGGCUCCGCCACUGUCUAAGAGUGCGACUCUUAGUGCUCCCAAGGGGGUUUACUCCUUACAAAUCGCCACCACCACGCUCCUCUUCAGAUCUAUCUGUCGCGCCGCCGCCGCGUUUUCUUCAGAAACUUCUGGGAUGGAACCAGCAGCAGCUGCAGAAGCUCUCGAAUCCUUGUCCAUCUCUGACACUGAUGUUGCCCAAUCAUCAAAUCCAAAUGACCAGUUGACCCUGGAGCAGAAGUUUCAGAUUGUGAGAAGCAUUGGAGAAGAGUGCAUUCAAGAAGAUGAGCUCCUUAAACUCCUGGCUAACAAGCCUGAGCCUGUUUGCUAUGAUGGCUUUGAGCCCUCUGGACGAAUGCACAUUGCUCAGGGUGUCAUGAAAGCAAUUAAUGUGAACAAGCUAACGUCUUCUGGCUGUCGUGUCAAAAUAUGGAUUGCUGAUUGGUUUGCCAAGCUAAACAAUAAAAUGGGUGGAGAUUUGAAGAAAAUUGAGAUUGUUGGCCGCUACUUGAUUGAAAUUUGGAAAGCUGUUGGGAUGGAUCUAGAAGGGGGUAAAGUCGAGUUUUUAUGGUCAUCUAAAGAGAUUAACGCCAGAGCUGAUGAAUACUGGCCUCUUGUGUUGGAUAUAGCUCAGAAGAAUAAUCUUAAAAGAAUUAUCAGAUGUAGCCAAAUAAUGGGACGGAGCGAACAAGACGAAUUGACUGCUGCUCAAAUAUUCUAUCCAUGCAUGCAGUGUGCUGACAUAUUUUUCCUGAAGGCUGACAUCUGCCAAUUGGGAAUGGAUCAGCGGAAAGUAAAUGUACUUGCCAGAGAGUAUUGUGAUGAUAUUAAGAGGAAGAACAAACCAAUUAUCUUAUCACACCACAUGUUACCUGGUCUACAGCAAGGACAAGAGAAGAUGUCUAAAAGUGACCAAUCAUCAGCCGUUUUCAUGGAAGAUGAGGAGGCUGAAGUGAAUGUGAAAAUAAAAAAGGCUUAUUGCCCACCAAAGAUUGUGGACGGAAACCCAUGCUUGGAGUACAUUAAAUAUCUCAUCCUUCCCUGGUUUAAUGAGUUCACGGUGGAGCGUAAUGAAGAUAAUGGUGGAAAUAAGACAUUCCAAAGCUUUGAAGAGCUGGCUGCCGACUUUGAAAGUGGAGAGUUACAUCCUGCUGAUCUUAAACCAGCUUUGUCGAAGUCAUUGAAUAAAAUUCUGGAGCCUGUAAGGGUACACUUUAGAACGGACAGCAAUGCUAAAGAGCUACUAAAAAGAGUCAAGGCUUACAGAGUAACAAAAUAAUUUGCUGAUUGAAAGACGUUGGUCUAAUUUUAUUAUUUGCCAAAAGGCCAUGCAAUUUUCGUGUUACAAAACACACUUUUUGAGUUGUAAUAUAUGGAGGUUCUCUCCAGUAUGAGUUUCAGUUAUUAUGGUAUGCAUUUUUAGGGCGUUUCCUAGUUCUUUCUAUAGACUCAUUUCACUUUUUCCGGAUGUUGGGAUUAAAUUAUUUUCUGGAAGGUAUAAACAUUAUUCUGGCACAACAAUAAAUGGUUGCUCCAUUCAAAAACAAAAAAACAAUAAAUGGUUGCUGUUGUAGA